CGCAUGCGCAGAGGGCCGAGUCCGCUGACAGAUUCCCGGUGGCGGCGGCAGCAGCGGCGGCCCUGGACUGCGGGGAAUGGGAGUUCUAGGUCUCUGACUGAGCACUGCCCCCGCCUCCCUGCCUCCGACAUGGCUCAGGAGAAGAUGGAGCUAGACCUGGAGCUGCCUCCGGGGACGGGUGGGAGCCCGGCGGAGGGCGGCGGCAAUAGCGGCGGCGGGGGCCUCAGGAGGUCUAACAGCGCCCCCCUGAUCCACGGCCUCAGUGACACUUCGCCGGUGUUCCAGGCCGAGGCGCCGAGCGCCAGGCGGAACAGCACGACGUUCCCGAACCGCCACGGCCUGCUGCUACCGGCCUCCCCCGUCCGCAUGCACAGCAGCCGCUUGCACCAGAUCAAACAGGAGGAGGGCAUGGACUUGAUCAACCGAGAGACGGUCCACGAGCGCGAGGUGCAGAACGCAAUGCAGAUAAGCCACUCCUGGGAGGAAAGUUUCAGCCUGAGUGACAACGAUGUGGAGAAAUCCGCCUCCCCGAAGCGCAUCGAUUUCAUUCCGGUGUCACCAGCGCCGUCACCCACCCGGGGAAUUGGGAAGCAGUGUUUUUCACCAUCCUUGCAAAGUUUUGUGAGUAGCAAUGGAUUGCCUCCAAGUCCUAUUCCCAGCCCAACGACCCGAUUUUCUACCCGGAGAAGCCAGAGUCCCAUUAAUUGCAUUAGACCAAGUGUUCUUGGACCAUUGAAAAGAAAAUGUGAAAUGGAAACUGAGUAUCAGCCAAAGAGAUUUUUCCAGGGAAUUACCACCAUGCUUUCUUCUGACGUUGCACAGCUGUCAGAUCCUGGUGUGUGUGUGUCUUCAGAUACCCUUGAUGGAAACAGCAGCAGUGCCGGAUCUUCUUGUAACUCACCAGCGAAAGUCAGCACUACCACCGACUCUCCUGUGUCGCCUGCCCAAGCGGCCUCUCCGUUUAUUCCCGUAGAUGAACUUUCAUCUAAGUGAUUCGCCCACCCAUCCUGAGACUCGGUUUUUUGGCAAUAGAGAGAAAAAUCAAGUUGGAGCAAGCACUGAACUUUGUCGAUUAAUUGGAGGCUAUUUCCUAUUUGACCCUUUUCCUUUUUUGGAAUUUCCUGAAUUGUCGUUAUUCUAGAGAACUUUUAUGUCAGGUUCCUGCGGAUGCCCUUGAAUUCAGUGUAGUAAUAUUUUCAGACGUUUUCCCAAUAAGUGUGUUGAAGCAUACAUCUUUACGCUGCUAAUGUGUCUAAAUACAUAUGUUAUCCCUUGAUUUUUUAAAAUAAUUGAGAGCUCUAUUUAUUUAUGGGAUUAUUAAGUUCUGAUGCAAAUAUAAAUGUUGAAUUAAUCAGCAUAGUAAACUGAUGUUUUAAAAUUCCA